AUGAUCGGCUCAUUUUGGAACCUUUGUAGAGCGUGCCCAUCAAUGCCUGUAGAUAAGCUCCAUUCGGAAUAUAGAAGCACCUAUCGAUGGCACGAAUACACCGGAGGCCCCGAUGUCGUAAGAAAACCACCUGUGCCAAACCAAUUCGCAGCCAGCUCGAAGGCGGAUCAUUUUUUCUCGAAAUCAACGGAGGAUGAAAAGUUUAUCGAAGCAUCCCUCGGGUCGAUCAAUGAACCGCCCUUGCCGAGAAGGAAAAAGUGUCCCGAGCUCGCGUACCGGACGAACGAGUUCCUGGCGACUCGGGCGCAAAAUGAAGCCGCCGGCCACGAUCGUACCGAUUCGGGAGCAACGACUCACACUAGAGCAAGGUCUGAAGAGCGUGGAGGAACGCCUUCCCGACGCAGCAAAUCGGAGGGACCGCCGGCUGGUGUCGCCAACGGAAGGCUUCCGACCGGGACCGGAUAUGCGAACGGAACCAUCGAGCCGCCGCCGGUCUCGAUCGCGGGCAGGGCGCAGGAACAGGCGGGUGAGUCUUCUACUAGUGGACUAUUCAAAAAAACCAUUACCAAACUGAGCACAGAGUAUCGGCUCCAGUUCGUGUGGCCACGGCGCGCGAUCAAGGGCGCCCCCGCGGCAGGCUGUUACGGUGGUGCCGGUGCGGACAAUAUCGAUGCACCCCCGCGCAAGUCCCUCUCCAUGGGUGCGCUGAAGGCGGCCCAGAUCGGAGCCGCCGGCGGCGGCCCCAUCGCUUCCGUACACAAAAAACGAACGACUAACGAGCGAGAAGCCACGGCCACGGAGCUCGAGCCACUGGUCAACGAUUGCGAGACAUCGAUGGAAAAAUCGCAGCUGCAAGCCGAAAAGCGGGUAGAGAUGGCGCGUGGUAAUGAGCAGAAGACAACUGCGUUCCGCGUGGAGAAGGAACGGUUCGGCUUCGAACCGGAAGGUGGGGCGGCUGCACGUGGUCUGGCCAACUCCGGCAUCGACAACGCCUGGUACAAGGAGGUGCUGGAGCUGCGGAAGAAGGCGGGCGAGUACAGGAACCGCGGCUGGGGAGUGGAGAUGAAUCCGGAGCUCUUCAACAAACAGGUGGAGCUGUGGGACCAAGUGUCUCGUCGAAGCUCGCUGAGUGCGCUUUCGUUGGCAUCAAGCGUUCGGCCAAUCACGAAAGAAGAAAAAGAGAAGGAGAACAACAAGAAGAGCUCCCCGACGAAGCCCCACGCACGCGGCGUUCGUGUUCCGGGAGGUGCCCGACCGGUCGAGGGAAAUAAGGUACUCCCGGAUGGGCUGAACCUGUCGGCCAUCUCUCGCAGUCGCAAGGACGCCAUCCGGCAUCACCUGGAGCGCACGACUGGACCGGACGUCGAGGAGGGCGCCCUACUGCCAUCGCCGACGCGCGAAAAGCUGAUGCCGGCGAUCCCGCGCUCCAAGGCGGACAGUCCGCAGCGCGGCAGCCCGCAGAAGACGGCCCUCUCGCGCCACGGAAGCCCCCAGAAGAGCAGCCCGCAGAAGAGCAGCCCCAAGAAGAUGACGAGCAAGGGACGCUCGCAGUCCGUUGGACCGGCGGUCGCUGGUGACGCCAGCGCCACCGUUCCACCGGUUGCCGGCGGUUCGCCUAAGCGCCAGAUUCGUUCCGGCAGCACCGUGACCGCCUCGACGGCGGCGUCGGCCGCCAAAACGCACAAGAAGACGCCGACCUCGGCCACGGCGCCUCCCAUCACCCAGAGCCAGCAGCAGCAACCGGAGCGGAGACCCCGACCGACGUCCCUUUCCACCACCAAUCAUUCGCGCUCGAAGAGCAGCACGCUGCCCGCGAGCCGCCACCAUCCCCCCACCCUGCCGGCCCCCGGCCUUCUCACGAACCUCACCAACAACAAUCAUCUUCCCAAUGCAUCACCAUCAUCAUCGCUGGCCGCCUCCGCCACCACCACCACCACCACCACCACUACUAACACCGCCGCCGCGCGCGCCAAGCUGUCCCUUGCGACCGGCCCCGGCAAGAGGCAACCGCCGCCGGCGGCCAGCGCCCGGGCGGCCAAACCGCCGACCAGCCUGGUCAGCCAGGACUCCUCCUCUGCGCCUUCGUCCGCGUCCAGCACGCUGAGGAAGAAGCAGAGGGUGGCCGAGGGUGGCGGCGGGGCCCGGGGCAGUGCGGGCGCCAGAUCGGUUGAAUCGGACAAAAAAUUACCCGGAACGAUCGGAAAUGUGGAGGAGCCGGAAAAGGAGAGCGUGCCGACCGUUGCGCCGCCGCCGGAAAUUCUGGAGCAAAUAAUCAAAUCGCCACCGGAGCCGACGCGCGUCAAAUCGCCCGAGCAGAUCAUCAUGCGCUCGCCGGAUCCGGUCAACUGGACCGUGCCGCUCGACACCGGCAAAACGUUCACCGUGACGCAAAAUGUCCGCGAAGGAGAUCCUAUGAUUCGUCCUCACAGCGAAAUCAAGGCAUCGACUCCGGUCGAGCAGCCACCACCACCGCCGCAGUCGGCACCGCCCGAGCUUUCCGAGCAAUCGAAAAUGCCCAACACAAAGCUUGAGCCAAGCUCGAUCAAGGAGUCCGAAGAUGAAGACGAUGAUUUGCCACGAUCGAAAUCAUCCGUUGCUUCGUCGGUUAACCCAACCUCGAUCGCCAUCUCGGAGCCGAUGACCGUCUCGCAGCCGCCGCCGCCACCACCAUCGGGUCCGGCGUCGGACGCAAAGGCCGCCCCGAAGGACGAAGCACCGUCGGUGGCUGCAGCCUUCGAGCAGGCGUCCGUAGCAUCGGUUCCGGCACCGGAACCGGCUCGCUACGACAAGCCAGUCCCGGGCUCGACGUUGCGCUGCCUGGAGGAUCCGGCGUUCGAGUCGGACAUCAACUCGCCGGUCGCCAACCGGAACGUCGCCACGGAGGUGCUCGAUAAGGCUCGCGAUCGCUUCGAUCGGUUCUGGGGCAACCCGAACGAGAAACCGGACGCACCUUAA